AUGCUUAACAGAACGAUUGCCAAGAGAUCUUUAGCUACCGCUGCUCAAGCGGAGCACAUGCUGCCCAAGAAGUACGGUGGCCGUUUCACCGUCACUUUGAUUCCAGGUGAUGGUGUCGGGAAAGAAGUCACUGACUCAGUGAAGACUAUCUUCGAGGCCGAAAAUAUUCCAAUUGACUGGGAAACCAUAAAUAUCAAACAAACAGACCACAAGGAGGGCGUCCACGAGGCCGUCGAGUCUCUAAGGAGAAACAAGAUCGGCCUUAAAGGGUUAUGGCACACUCCUGCAGACCAAACAGGCCAUGGCUCAUUAAACGUCGCCUUGCGUAAACAGCUAGACAUCUACGCCAAUGUAGCUCUUUUCAAGUCUUUGAAAGGUGUCAAGACCAGAAUUCCGGACAUAGAUUUGAUCGUCAUCAGAGAAAACACCGAAGGUGAGUUCUCAGGCCUGGAACACGAGUCUGUCCCCGGUGUGGUAGAGUCCUUGAAGAUCAUGACCAAGCCCAAGACGGAAAGAAUCGCCAGAUUCGCCUUUGAUUUCGCCAAAAAAUACAACAGAAAGGCUGUUACCGCUGUGCAUAAGGCAAAUAUCAUGAAAUUAGGUGACGGUCUUUUCAGAAACAUAAUCACCGAAAUCGGCAAGACAGAGUACCCUGACAUCGACGUCUCGUCCAUCAUCGUUGACAACGCCUCCAUGCAGGCCGUGGCCAAACCUCACCAGUUCGAUGUCCUGGUCACCCCUUCAAUGUACGGUACUAUCUUGGGUAACAUCGGUGCCGCCUUAAUUGGUGGUCCAGGUUUGGUAGCCGGUGCUAACUUCGGCAGAGACUACGCCGUUUUCGAACCAGGUUCCAGACACGUUGGUCUGGACAUCAAGGGCCAAAACGUGGCCAACCCAACCGCUAUGAUCCUUUCCUCCGCCCUAAUGUUAAACCACUUGGGUUUGAACGAAUAUGCUACUAGAAUCUCAAAGGCCGUUCACGAAACUAUUGCAGAAGGUAAGCACACCACUAGAGAUAUCGGCGGUUCUUCCUCCACUACUGAUUUCACCAAUGAGAUCAUUAACAAGUUAUCUACCAUGUAA